AGCUUCCAAAGAAUGAAGAUUUUGAUAAUGAUUGAUUUUGUCCUUGCAGCUAGCUUGAUGGAUGCCUUUGGCAGCAAUGAUCUGCAGAACUGUUUUCAAGAGCAGAUAAGACUUCAGGGACAGGUGAGGCUUCUGGAACAUCGUGUGAAACAGCAGCAGUUAAAAAUUACACAGCUUUUAGAGAAGAAAGAGAUUCAGUACAGUGACAGAGGAGAAGAAAACAAUGUCAUUGACUUGGGAGGAAAAAGACAGUAUUCAGAUUGUGCAGAAAUCCACAAUGAUGGCCAUAAGCAAAGUGGAUUUUAUAAGAUGAAACCUAUCCAGAGUCCUACUGAAUUCCUUGCCUUCUGUGACAUGUCUGAAGGAGGUGGUUGGACUGUAUUUCAGAGACGUUCUGAUGGCAGCCAGAAUUUUGAUAGGGUCUGGACUGACUAUGAAGAAGGCUUUGGAAAUUUUGUUUCGACAAAUGGUGAAUAUUGGCUUGGAAAUAAAAAUCUUCAUUAUUUGACUAAUCAAGGGAACUAUACUUUAAGAAUUGAUCUAACUGAUUUUGAAGGAGAACGCCGUUUUGCACAAUACACAAGAUUCAGAGUUGCAGGUGAAGAGCAUUCUUAUGAGCUGAGCUGUGGUGAAUACUCUGGAACAGCUGGUGAUUCUCUUACUGGUGGAUUUCAUCCUGAAGUAAAAUGGUGGGCUGAUCAUCGAGGAAUGAAAUUCAGUACUAGAGACAGGGACAAUGACAACUAUGAAGGGAACUGCGCUGAAGAGGAAAAGGCUGGCUGGUGGUUUAACAGGUGUCACUCUGCCAACUUGAACGGCUUGUACUACAAAGGCCCCUACUCUGCAAAGACAGACAACGGGAUCGUUUGGUACACUUGGCACGGGUGGUGGUAUUCUCUGAAAUCCGUUGUCAUGAAGGUCAGACCAGCAGACUUUGAACCUAAUAUUGUUUAAGUAUUUUAUUAAGACGAUUUAUCUUUUAGCAAAUCAAUCCCAAUUAAAACAGAUGUGCACAUUUUUGCUUCUCAUCUCUAUAAAUCUGGAAUAAUUCCUUUGCAACCAGUAGUUUUAUGAGAUAUAUAUGAGAAGACAGCCUGGCUUAUGAAUCUGUAGAAACAAAUACUAGUGCUAAUAUGUGUACAGGAUUUUUUAAAAAAUGCAGGCAUUCACCUAGGAAUAAAGACAUCUUUAUCAACACGGAAAAUUUUUGGCUUCUGUAUUAUCUACAAAUCCUUUCACCUUUUAAAAAAACCCAAUAUUGUCA